AUGACGACGGCGACGGCGACGACGCUGGGGCGCGACCUCCUGGAGGCGGCGCGCGCGCCGGAGUUCGCCGGGUGGCUGCGCGGCCUGCGGCGCCGCGUCCACCAGCACCCGGAGCUCGCCUUCCAGGAGCACCGCACCAGCGCGCUCGUGCGCGCCGAGCUGGACGCGCUCGGCGUCGCGUACGCGUGGCCCGUCGCGCGGACCGGCGUCGUCGCCACCAUCGCCGGCGCCGCCGGCCCGGGCCCCGUGUUCGCGCUCCGCGCCGACAUGGACGCGCUUCCCAUCCAGGAAACGGUAGAAUGGGAAUUCAAAAGCUUGGAAGAUGGCAAGAUGCAUGCGUGUGGCCACGAUGCUCAUGUCGCGAUGCUGCUGGGAGCCGCUAAGCUGCUGCAAUCUCGCAGAGAUCAUUUCAAGGGCAAGGUGAAGCUUGUGUUCCAGCCGGCGGAGGAAGGCAACGCCGGCGGGUACCACGUGCUCCGGGAAGGCGUCCUCGACGACGUGCAGGCCAUCUUCGGUGUGCACGUCGACACGGAUUCGCCGGCGGGCGCAGUCCGGUCGAGGCCAGGGCCGCACCUCGCCGGCUCGGCUCGCUUCACGGCGACCAUCACCGGCAAAGGCGGGCACGCCGCCGCGCCCCACCUCGCCGCCGAUCCGGUCGUGGCCGCCGCCGCCGCCGUCCUCAGCCUCCAGCAGCUCGUCGCUCGCGAGACCGAUCCCCUCCAAGGCACGGUGGUGUCUGUGACCUUCAUCAAGGGAGGUGAAGCUUUCAAUGUGAUUCCAGAAUCUGUCACUCUGGGUGGCACCUUGAGAAGCAUGACAACCGAUGGCUUGUUUUACCUCAUGAAGAGAAUCAACGAGGUGAUAGAGGGGCAAGCCGCCGUGAGCCGCUGCGCGGCGGCCGUCGACUUCAUGGAGGAGAAGCUCCGGCCGUACCCGGCGACGGUGAACGACGAGGGGAUGUACGCGCACGCCAAGGCGGUGGCGGAGAGCAUGCUCGGGGAGGCCAACGUGAGGCUGUGUCCCCAGGCCAUGGCGGCGGAGGAUUUCGGAUUCUACGCGGAGAGGAUCCCGGCCGCCUUCUUCGGCGUAGGGGCCGCCACCGACGGCGGCGGGACGGGGGAGACGAACCGGCUGCACUCGCCGCACCUCGUCAUCGACGAGGAAGCGCUCCCCGUCGGAGCCGCCUUCCACGCCGCCGUCGCGAUCGAGUACCUCAACAGCAAGUCAGCAACGCCGCCUCUGGCUUGCCUAAGCCCUGAUGCGUCGCGCGUCGUGAAUGAACUGGCUUAA